AUGGCCAAUGAAAAGAAACCUUUAUUAGAUGCAUCUGGUGCUGAUCCAAAAGAUGAUGAUAGCACCGCUACCGCUAUUUUAAGAAGAAAGAAGAAACCAAAUCAAUUAUUGGUUGACGAUGCUGUUAACGAUGACAAUUCUGUUAUUGCUAUCAACUCAAACACCAUGGACUCUUUGGAAUUAUUCCGUGGCGAUACUGUCUUAGUCAAGGGGAAAAGAAGAAAAGAUACUGUCUUAAUUGUUUUGAUUGAUGACGAAUUGGAAGAUGGGGUUUGUAGAAUUAACCGUGUUGUUCGUAAUAACUUACGUGUUAGAUUGGGUGACUUGGUCUCAAUCCAUUCUUGUCCCGAUAUUAAAUAUGCCACCAGAAUCUCCGUUUUACCAAUUGCUGAUACAAUUGAAGGUAUCACCGGUAAUUUGUUUGACGUUUUCUUGAAACCAUAUUUUGUCGAAGCUUAUAGACCAGUGAGGAAGGGCGACCACUUCAUUGUCAGAGGUGGUAUGAGAGCUGUUGAAUUUAAAGUUGUUGAUGUUGAACCAGAAGACUACGCGGUGGUUGCACAGGACACCGUUAUUCAUUACGAAGGUGAACCUAUUAACAGAGAAGACGAAGAAAACAAUAUUAACGAAGUGGGCUAUGAUGAUAUUGGUGGUUGUCGUAAGCAGAUGGCACAGAUUAGGGAGUUGGUUGAACUACCUUUGAGACAUCCUCAGCUAUUUAAAGCCGUUGGUAUUAAACCACCAAAGGGUAUUUUAAUGUAUGGCCCACCGGGUACCGGUAAAACAUUAAUGGCCAGAGCUGUUGCUAACGAGACUGGUGCCUUUUUUUUUUUAAUUAAUGGUCCAGAAGUUAUGUCUAAGAUGGCAGGCGAAUCAGAAUCGAACUUAAGAAAGGCAUUUGAAGAGGCUGAAAAGAACGCUCCAUCUAUUAUUUUUAUUGAUGAAAUCGAUUCCAUUGCUCCUAAGCGUGACAAGACCAAUGGUGAAGUUGAGAGAAGAGUUGUUUCCCAAUUAUUGACCCUAAUGGAUGGUAUGAAGGCUAGAUCUAAUAUUGUUGUCAUUGCCGCUACUAACAGACCAAACUCUAUUGACCCAGCUUUAAGAAGAUUCGGUAGAUUUGAUCGUGAAGUUGAUAUUGGUGUUCCAGAUGCCACUGGUAGACUAGAAAUUUUGCGUAUUCAUACCAAAAACAUGAAGUUGGCCGAUGAUGUUGAUUUGGAAGUGUUGGCCUCUGAAACUCAUGGGUAUGUCGGUGCAGAUGUUGCAUCUUUGUGUUCUGAAGCUGCUAUGCAACAAAUUCGUGAAAAAAUGGAUUUAAUUGAUUUGGAUGAAGAUGAAAUAGACGCAGAAGUUUUAGCUUCUUUGGGUGUUACCAUGGAAAAUUUCCGUUAUGCAUUAGGCAAUUCUAACCCAUCUGCUUUACGUGAAACUGUUGUGGAAAGUGUCAAUGUUACUUGGAAUGAUAUUGGUGGUUUGGAUGACAUUAAACAAGAAUUGAAGGAAACCGUUGAAUAUCCUGUUUUGCAUCCGGAUCAAUAUUUGAAAUUUGGUUUAUCUCCAUCUAAGGGUGUUUUGUUUUACGGUCCACCGGGUACUGGUAAGACUCUAUUAGCUAAAGCUGUUGCUACUGAAGUUUCUGCUAAUUUUAUAUCUGUUAAGGGACCAGAAUUGUUAAGUAUGUAUUUUGGCGAAUCUGAAUCUAAUAUUCGUGAUAUUUUUGAUAAAGCUAGAGCUGCUGCUCCAACCGUCGUCUUUUUGGAUGAAUUAGACUCUAUCGCCAAGGCUAGAGGUAACUCAUUAGGUGAUGCCGGCGGGGCUUCUGACAGAGUUGUCAACCAAUUGUUGACUGAAAUGGAUGGUAUGAAUGCUAAGAAAAACGUUUUCGUUAUUGGUGCCACUAAUAGACCAGAUCAAAUUGAUCCAGCUAUUUUAAGACCCGGUAGAUUAGAUCAAUUGAUUUAUGUUCCAUUACCAGACGAGCCUGCUAGGUUAUCUAUCUUAAAGGCUCAAUUAAGAAAGACUCCGUUAGAACCUGGUUUGGAUUUAACUGCUAUUGUCAAGGCUACCCAAGGCUUUUCUGGUGCUGAUUUAUCGUACAUUGUUCAAAGAGCUGCUAAGUUUGCCAUCAAAGAUUCUAUUGAAGCCAAUAAACGCUAUGAGGCUCAACAAGCCAUCAAAGCCGAAAAUGCCAAUGCCGAUGACGUUAAGAUGGAAGACGGUGAAGAAGAAGAAAAACCAGACUUGGUUCCAUAUAUUACCAAGCAUCAUUUUGCUGAAGCUAUGAAGACUGCCAAGCGUUCUGUAUCUGAUUCUGAAUUAAGACGUUAUGAAGCUUAUUCUCAACAAAUGAAGGCUUCUAGGGGCCAAUUUAGUAAUUUCUCAUUUGGUGGUUCUGCCACUGGCAACAAUGCAGAAGGUGGUAUCUCUGGUCCUGCUUUAGGUAGCGGUUCGGACUCUACCGGUGACAAUAAUAAUGGUCCUUCUGCUGCUACUUUUGGUGCAGAUGGAGGUGAUGAAGAUGAUUUGUAUAGUUAG